AUGGCCGGAUCCACAUCUCCAGACUCCUCCAUAUCCAUCUCCUCUCUCCUGGCCAGCUGCAGACUGGAUACCCGUAAGGGAACCUCAAGUUUCUCCAGCUCUAUAGAAUACAAGGAUAAGCUGUAUGACUCUGCUACGAAUGCAUUGGAGGCCUAUAUUGAGGACUUUGAAGAAAGUCUGAGGUCUCCUAUGGCCAGUACAGGGAAGAUCAGCAUCCGUUCAUCAGCCACACUUGGUUCUACUAAGAAAAAAGGUGCAGCUGAUAGACAUCUUCGACCCAAGCAUUCAUCUAGAAGACGAUAUGUUGCUCGUGACCCAGAUCAAUUGAGCCUCACCACUGAUGAUCUCUUGGGCUUCCCCUCUGAUGGCUCACUACCAUUCUCUCAAGUCUCACAUUGGAAACAUUGUGAAAACCUAAAUAAUUACUAUGGAGCUUCCCUCCCAAACCACACUGCUCAGUCCUCUCCUCUAAGGUCCUCACUAAACACGAGGGCUAACCGCCAUUCUUUUCGUCAUGAUUCCCGGUCUUUGGAUCUGCGGAGGUUUGGAGAUGACAUCAAAGAAAACAAAACAAACAUUCUCCGUGAAAUGGAUAGAGAAAACCGUCCUGCUUAUCAUAACAACCUGAGCUCUCCAUAUUUGUCGAGAGGGUCUGAAAUACCUAAAAGUUAUCCAAGAUGGCUGACUAGUCAAAAAUCAGAACUAAGUGUGUCGGGAAUUACCAGUAUUCCAGACGUUAAAUAUCCCCUCUGGAUAAAAGACUAUGGUCUUCUGGGAAAUUCCGAAAGCCCCACCACCAAGAACAUGUACAAGACCUCAAAAGCUUCUGCUAAUGAACCCUUUACAAACAUACAAAGCUUCUCACCUUCGGGUUCUUUACAAACUUUGUUUUAUGAUAGACAAGGCAAAAAAGCGGUUAAUGUCAACAGCACCAGUGAAAAAUUAUAUUCGGGACUUUCUGAUUUGGAUGUUUUAAGACAUUUGCAUACAGCUCUUAAAAAUCACCCUGAUGAUUCAGCUUUGCGGAAAUCCGUAGCCUUUGAGUCCCCACUGAAAGAGUGUCCUGACCCUCCAGAGAAUAAUGGAAGCCCCCGAACAGAAGAUGUGCUGGAGGCAGAGAGAUCCUGGGAGAAAAUCCCAUAUUCAUUCAAAUCUCCAGUCACUAUACCGUACAAGAAAGAGAUCAGUGAAGAAUUUGCAUCACAUUUUGUGGAAGAUUUCCUUAAGGACAAAGUGAAAGAAGAAAGUAAAGCCAGCUCAUUCUCAGGCGGAAAUCAUCAUGGUCCAGUAGAGGCUCUAAAACACAUGCUGUUUAAUCUUCAGGCCUUCCAGCAGAAUUUUACCCAGGCUCAAACCUCCAAACAAGCAGAGGAGUUCCAGAAAGUUUAUACAGAGGCAGAAUCAGAAAUACAGCGUGUAGACCAAGAGGCGUUUCCUGUAAAUAAGUCUCUUCAGAAAGCUUUGCAGCAUUUGGCAAGACUGAAGGAGCUGGUGGGAGACAACACUACAAAACAGGACCAAGAAAAGAACGAAGGAAUAUAA